AUGCAUUCAGCACCCGCCGCACAAGGAUCUUCAGAGGCUGAGCAUGAACCUGAGCCUGAAGCAUCGCAAGCUAAGGAUGACCCGAUGAACAUAGACUUAGAACCAAUCCCCGAAGAGGAACCACAGGAAGAAGAACCAGAGGAAGUGGAGCCCGAGGCUGAACCCGAGAACGAGACUGAAGAGUCAGAAGAGCCUGUGGGAGACCCGGAGUAUAUACUCCCGUGGGGAAAUGGGCGGACCGAGUGGCUCACGGCGGCGCAAGCAGCGGCGUCGGGCGGCCUUCACGGCGACGCGAACGGUGGCGGCUUGCGGACGGUGGUCCACGGCGGCGAAGGGGAGGGGGAUGCUGAAUUCCCGAUCGAGAUUGAGGCCGAUUCGGAGUCUGUGGAUGAGCACGAGCUUGAUGAGGAUGAUGAGGAGGAUUCAGGCGAGGACGAUGAGGAGAGCGAGUCUAAGUGGACCCUAGCAGAGGGCGUAUGA